AUGUCGAAGCCAGUGCUCCCUCAAAACGACAAUGUCGCCCACGCCCUUGCCGGCGCCGGCGGUGGUCUCCUCUCCAUGGCCUUGACCUACCCUCUCAUCACGCUUUCUACCCGAGCCCAAGUCGAAUCGAAGCGUGCCGACUCGGCAUUCCUCACGGCCGUCCAGAAGAUCGUAGCUCGCGAGGGCGUGUCCGGCCUCUACUCCGGGCUCGAGUCCGCCCUGUUCGGCAUCAGCGUCACCAACUUUGUCUACUACUACUGGUAUGAGUGGACCCGCGCCUCCUUCGAGGCCGCCGCCGAGAAGGCCGGCCGCGCCAGCAAGAAACUCACGACCGUCGAGUCCAUGAUCGCCGGCGCCAUCGCCGGUUCCGCGACCGUCAUUAUCACAAACCCUAUCUGGGUCGUCAACACCCGCAUGACCACCCGUGGCGGCAACGCGAACAAGGGCAAGGAGGCAGGCAUCGGCGACGAAGAGGCGCAAGCCGCGAAGCCCAAGAAGGCGCCCUCAACCAUCGGUACGCUGCUGGCGCUCAUCAAGAACGAGGGCCCGCUGGCGCUCUUCUCGGGUGUCAUCCCGGCGCUGGUGCUCGUCAUCAACCCCAUUCUGCAGUACACCCUGUUCGAGCAGAUGAAGAACACCGUCGAAAAGAAGAGGAGGGUCACCCCGACCAUUGCCUUCUUCCUCGGUGCCGCUGGCAAACUGUUCGCCACCUCGGUCACCUACCCGUACAUCACGGUCAAAAGCCAGAUGCACGUCGCCGGCAACGGCGAGAAGAAGGAGGGCAUGUCCCAGGCCAUCAGUAGGGUCAUUAGGGAGGAGGGCUACGCUGGCCUUUACAAGGGUAUUGGCCCCAAGGUCACCCAAAGUGUGCUGACCGCCGCAUUGCUCUUUGCCUUCAAGGAUGUUCUCUAUGAGCAGACUGUCAAGCUCAGGACACUUGCCGCCAAGAAGCGCGCAUAA